AUGAAUGACUCCAAACCUGUUGAGAAGUUGAAUUUUGGUCGAAGGACUUGGGAUCGGGAAGAAUACGCCGAACUUGGACGAAACGCAAAGGCCUCUUCGAGCUCUCACUUGGGUGAAUUAAGCGAUGAGCAACUACAACUAUUGAAAUCAAGGUAUACACAACAUCGAAAAUUGUUGGCAGAUGCUACUCAAAGUGCAAAUCAGAGAGUGCUUACAGGGUCCUUGACUUCUUACAAAAAGGGAAAACAGUUUGGGUUUUAUUGCGAGUUGUGUGAUUUGACUUUCAAAGAUACCUUGCAAUUCGUGGACCAUCUAAACCAUAAAUUACAUCAAAUCAAGUUCGAAACCAUCUUUGGCGAACCUUUGAUUUCUGAUCUUCGCGACAACGAUGAUAUCCCGUCUCAAGAGUUUGAAGAACAGUAUUCAGCUGAAAUCAGAGCAUUCUUGAAAAAUCGUGGAUCUUCCGCUAGUGCCAAAACCAAGAAAAUUGACCGUUCGGGCCGUUUGGACCGCAAUCCAAAACCAGAAGGCCGCUCUACGCUAGAUACAGAUGAGAAUCCUGCUCUCAAUAGUGUGAUGGGAUUCGGCGGAUUUGGAAGCACGAAAAAAUGA